AUGUCGAACAAGACGCACACUUCACAAGAUUUGGCCAUCCAUGGAUCGCCUUCGCAGUCGUCUUUGGAUGGCCCCGGGAAACCAGAUAUUGCUAAUGGAGAGGUCGUUCAUUCGGCUUCUGGCCAUCUCGAUGCCGUUUAUGGUGUUGGUGGUGUGGGACAUACUCAGCGUAGGUUGAAGGCGAGACAUGUUACCUUUAUUGGUUUUGGUGGUGGGAUUGGUACGGGUCUUUUUAUCGGUACUGGUGCAGCUUUAGCCAACGCUGGACCUUUGGGUCUGCUUUUUGUCGUCGGUUUUCUUCUCUGGUGUGUGAUGGAGUCAAUUGGAGAAUUGGCCACUUUGUUCCCAACCGCUGGAUCUUUCCCUCAUUUCGCUACUCGAUUCGUUGAUCCUGCUCUCGGUUUUACUCUCGCUAUUUCUUAUGGUUAUUGUUACACCAUUGCAAUCGCCUCGGAAGUUUCAGCCGCCGCUAUCAUAGUAUCUUAUUGGACGGAUAUCACACCCGCCGUCGUAAUUACCAUAGGACUAGUUGCCAUCUUCCUCAUCAACAUGGCCAACGUCAAAUUCUAUGGUGAAGCCGAAGUCAUCACUGCAUCUAUUAAGAUCCUUUGUUUCCUGGUCUUGAUUAUUGUUUCACUGGUUAUCACGGCUGGAGGAGCACCCAAUCACGAGACGAUCGGAUUUAGAUAUUGGAAGGACCCAGGUCCAUUUGUUCCCUUUGAUGGUAUUACAGGGAAUACUGGUAACUUCCUCGCAUUUUUUAGUGCGUUUAUCAAUGCCAGUUUCUCAUAUAUUGGUGUUGAGACGGUCGUUGUCGCCGCCGCGGAAACUGUCAAUCCACAUAAAUCCAUCCCAAAAGCAGUCAAGCGUGUUACCUAUCGAAUCCUAUUUUUCUACGUCCUCGGUACGCUCCUCAUUGGAAUGAUCAUUCCAUCCAACGAUCCCGGUCUUGUCAGUGGAUCCGGUAACGCCAAUUCCUCACCCUUCGUCAUCGCAAUCAAGAACUCCGGUAUCUCCGUCCUCCCAUCCAUAAUCAACGCUUGUAUCCUUACCUCUGCCUGGUCCGCCGGAAACAGCUACUGCUACAUUGGAGCAAGAAUGAUUGUAGCCAUGGCCGUCGACCGACAAGCCCCUCAGUGUUUCGCAAAGGUAAAUCGCUGGGGUGUACCAUACUAUGCAGUCCUCGUCUCUUUCGCCUUCGGUCCUCUCGCCUAUCUAAGUCUUGGCUCAGGAGGAGCAGCCCAAGCAUUCACCUGGUUAUUAAAUCUCAGCACUGUCGCUGGUCUCCUCGCCUGGAUGACCCUCUGUAUUUGCUACAUCCGCUACCACCACGCUUGUCUCGCACAAGGUGUCAACCGCGACAAUCUCCCCUUUAAAGGACGCUGUCAACCCCUCGCUGCAUAUGUCGGUGCCAUCGGCUCAGGCAUCAUAGUAAUAUUCUCCGGCUUCGGCGUCUUCGUUAAGGGAAAUUGGAACACGGCUAAUUUCAUAGCGAGUUAUAUCGGUAUCGUUAUAUACAUCGCUCCGUAUAUUUUUUGGAAAAUUUUCAAGAGAACAAGUGUUUCGAGGUCGAAAGAUGUGGAUCUUUUCUCUGGGAGAUUCGAUGCCAGUUGUGCGCCUGUAGAACCGGUUCCUACGACGGCGUGGGGAAGGUUUUUGGAUUGGUUAUUGUGA